UGUACUAUCUUGAGAAAGGUUCUUUAACAAAGUAAACAAAAAAAAACCCUUCACAAAGCUUAAAAGAUAAUGGCAACAGAAUUUGACUCUUACAGUGAGCGCAAGGCUUUCGAUGAGACAAAAGCAGGCGUGAAAGGCCUCGUUGAUGCUCAAAUCACUGAAAUUCCUCGCAUCUUCCACGAUCCUUUAGGUACCUUGAACGACAAGAAAGCUCCUGUUGCUAACUCGGAAUUCGCAAUCCCUAUCAUCGACUUUACAGGCGUUCACGGGGACGCAGCCUCGCGUGAAGCCGUCGUCAAGAAGGUCAAAGACGCCGCGGAGAAGUGGGGAUUCUUCCAGGUGAUCAACCAUGGUGUUCCUUUGACCGUUCUUGAAGAGAUCAAAGAUGGAGUUCGUAAGUUUCAUGAGGAAGAUAUCGAGGUGAAGAAAUCUUACUUCUCCCGCGACUUCAGCAAGAAAUUUGUCUACCACAGCAAUUUCAAUCUGUAUAGCUCGUCGUCUAUUAACUGGAGAGACACAUUCGGUAUUUACAUGGACCCAAAACCUCCACAGCCUGAGGAGAUCCCAGAAGCCUGCAGGGAAGGUGUCCUUGAAUACUCGAAGCAUGUGAUGAGCUUAGGUGGUUUACUCUUUGAACUUCUCUCGGAAGCACUUGGUUUGAGCUCUGAUACCCUUAAGAGCAAGGGUUGCAUGAAGGGUGUGCUUAUGCUCAGCCAUUAUUACCCUCCCUGUCCACAACCUAAACUAACUUUGGGAACAAGUAAGCAUUCAGACAACUCCUUCCUCACUGUUCUUCUCCAAGACCAGAUCGGUGGUCUUCAAGUUCUUCAUCAAGACUGUUGGGUCGAUGUCACACCUACUCCCGGGGCACUCGUCAUUAACAUCGGAGAUUUCUUGCAGCUGGUAACCAACGACAGGUUCAUAAGCGUGCAGCACAGGGUGCUCGCAAACAAAGCUGGACCAAGGAUUUCAGUCGCGAGCUUUUUCAGCACGAGUAUGCAUCCAAAUCCAACAGUUUACGGACCAAUGAAAGAGCUGUUGUCUGAAGAGAACCCUGCGAAAUACAGAGACUUCACUAUACCUGAGUAUUCAGCUGGAUACCUAAAGCAAGACAUCAAUGACGAAUCGCAUCUGGCCUAUUUUAAGAUAUGAAAAGCUCAUAAAGAGUAAACUCCAUUGCUUGACUUAUAAUAUAUAUGUCAUAUACGAGUCUCUUGCAUCUGUUGGGUCGGUCCUUGUCUUCUUUUUCCAUAUUAAGCUAUUUUUCCUCUUAGCUCUCCCUUAAUAAAGUAAUGUAGUACCAGAAAGAAAUAAAGAAUUGUGUGUGUUUGUCAGCUUAAAUGUCCACCCUUGAGUAUGGUGAAAUCUUUGUGUUUAAUCUAAAUUUAUAGAAAGCUGGUGGUUGUCUAUCAGCAUAAAAUAAUUUUCCCUUU